UCUUUUUAAAGAUGUUGUGAUCUGUGUGUUCAGUUUUUACUUUUCUUAUCAGUGUCGUCUCACUUGAUCUUAUCACCACAGCAAAGUUGAGUUUUUGAAGAAGCAUUUCAGAGGAACUUGAGUGCGGGGAAAAUGGCAUUGUGGGUAGGCAUGUGGUUUUUCAGAGCUUAAAAAAAAAAAAACGGACAGAGAGUCCCGGACUUCCUGUUCUCUGCUUGAUCACAGAGCUCACUGCUGAUGCUCUUUUGAAGAGAUCUCUCUGACUAAAGGAACAAGAAAAAAGACCACCAGCACCCCCUCCUCUCAUCUCUGCUCGGUAAGAUGGUGCGAGCGCUGCUCAUCGCUGCCUUUCUGCUGAUCAAUCCCACCUGCGUCGAGGCCAUUGACGACAUGAACGUAUGUUACAUUCUGGAUGGGGUUCUAAUCUUUUACGGGAUCGUUUUAACAGUUUUAUACUACAGACUGAGGAUGAGUCCAUGCCAAAAAGCGGCUGUCAAAAAACCUGAGAAGAAGCCCGUGCAGGAAGGCAUCUAUGCGGGCCUGACCUCUCAGAGUUCUGAUUUCUACGAAACCAUCAGAAUGGAUAAAAAGCCCAUCGUGUAAUUAAAGAAUAUUUAAUCUCUUUCAGCUUCAUACUUUAAAAUACUUUUGCUAACUUUUGGUGUGUGUUUGCAUAGAGUUGAUAUACACAACUCUUCCUCUCUGUUCUUUGUACAAAAAGGAAUCUGCAUGUCAGAAAUGCUUAAGCAUAUUUUAUUUAACAUAUAACAGACACGGGCUGUGUCCACGUCUAUGUGACCCACGUUGCUUUGUGUUUCACAAGUCGUUGUAACGCAACUUACUCAGAAAACAGAAGUCUAAAAUUAUCGUUUUUAUCGGUUCAUUUGUUCCCUUUUUGUUGAAUUAAGAAGUGUUUGCUCUGUGAAAAACGGCUAGUAUGAAGGCUCGACCACGUAGGGGUGAGACUUAAUCCAUGUUUUUGAACAAAAGUUUUUAGGGUUUGAAAUGUUAAAAAAAAAAAGAAGAAAAAAAAAAA